GAACAGUUGCUUUCAGACAAAUAAUGAUAGCCUGCUUGUAUGAACCAAUAUUUCCUCGUGAUGAAAUUAAAUGAGGUGAGGCAUUGCAUUCAUGUGUGGCGUCAAACUGAUGAGAUGUGGUUAUAUGUGCAGGUGCGCUCUCUGGAGGCCAAAAAUAGGCAGCUGGAAAUGAACAUCGCUGAGUUCUGUCAACAAAAGUCAACUGUUGUUACCAAGAACUACGGUGGCUAUUUUUCCACCAUCAGUGACCUGCGAGCCGAGAUUGCAAGAAGAUUUGCAGAGAACCAGGCCAUCCACGUGCAGCUUGACAAUGCUCAAUUGGCAGCGGAAGACUUUAAAAUGAAAUAUGACAUGGAGAUGAACUUGCAUUUGACCGUGGAGGCUGACGUAUCCCGUCUCCGAGCAGUCCGCGACAGCUUGACUCUUGGCAUCAGUGACUUGGAGCUAAACAUAGAGGAUCUGAAAGCAGAGCUGGCGCAAAUGAAGGCGAAUCACAAGGAGGAGAUGAGUCAGUUGAGCAUCCAAUGCAGUGGCUCUGUAAAUGUAGAGGUGGACAGUGCACACUCUACAGAUUUGACAAAGGUCCUGGAGGAAAUGAGGGAGCAGUAUGAAACUGUGGUGAGCAAGAACAAGCUGGAAGUCGAGAAAUGGUUCCAGUCGAAGGUGGAAAUUCUCCAGAAGGAAAUCAUUGUUUCCCAAACAGAUGUGAAAACGUUUCACAAAGAGUUGUCCACUCUGAAGAAGACCUACCAAAGUUUGAUGAUAAGCCGGCAAAGCGCACACACAGAGGUAUGGAAUAACAACCCAAAAGUACUGGAUAUGAAGGUUUUGCAACUGAAGCCAAAUGCACAUCGCAGUGUUAGGUCUAAUAAACUCAGCUUGCUGAAGCUAAGAAGUAGCAGACCCGCUCUUUUUUUCUCAUAUU